CAGCGCCUCUGUUGUUGCGCAUUACGGACUAUGGCGCUGCCGCUGCUGCUGUUACUGCUGCUGGAAGGAGGAGUUCAGUCGCUAUUCCGGGACUGCCGCUGACAGGGACGGGCAUCGGCGAUUGAAGUGCUUGGUGAAGAAUAAGAGAAACGAACACAAACCGUGAUCACUGCAAUCGCUGCCAAAUAAACGAGCGGCGGCAAGAUGGAUACACGCCGGCGAUGACUCAGGAUAGAAGCGGAAAUUAAAAAAUAGCGUUUAAUAUGAUUACUGACACGAUGUAGCCAGCUGGCGUGAUUACAAAACAAUGUUCCGUGAAAGCUAGACAGUCGUGCUGUUAACUACAACGAUUUUUCAGCGCUACCACUGGAUUAAUGGUAGCAAGAUACCUGCUAUUUCGGAAGGAAAUAAAACGCAGAGUACUUCGUUGGAAUAUAUGAAAUCCUCCGGCAGUAAUGCUUCUACAAGAUAUUAGUUGGAUGAUUCUAGUGACUCUGUUCCUCACUUCCCUGCUGAUCGUGAUUACUUGGCUGCUCCAGUAUUCACGGACCAUACUGCGCGCCCGGAGUUCCAAACCUGCCGGCCAGAAACUUAGGAAGAGCCCGUCGUGGGACCAGAUCAAGGUCGGGGGCAUUUGGGGAUCGCUGCAGAGGCUGCGAUUCGGACGGGAUGUGGGCGGAGGUGACGCCGAAGCGGCCGAGAAGGGCUUGCUGUCGUCGCUCUUCUCUUUCAGGACGUUCCGGGAGGGCUGGCAGCGCGCUUGGGUGCGGGCGCUUAACGAGCGAGCCUGCAGACACGGGAGCUCAAUACAGAUCACUUUCAAUGACAGCCUGCCUCUCGCUACCUCUGCGGCGAUCAAUCACGUGACCUGCACUGACCAAUCGGCUCGCAGCAUGGUUUUGCAGUGUAAUUGUUCGGUCGACACGGUAACGUUCCCAGUUACCGUCACCCAGCAGUCACCCGCAGCCGUUUCCAUGGAUACGUAUCAGAUCACUAUAGCGCCGAUGCAGGUCCAGAUGGAGGUUUGUCUGGAGGAGGUGGAGGAGGAGGGGCUUCUAGUGUCCUGGCAUUUCUCCCAGCGGCCCCUGCUCUCCUUAACUGUGUCCCCUCGCAAGAUCCAGAGAGAGGGGAAUGACAAUGAGCCCGACGUGAGCAUGAUCAGGGACUUGGUGAAGGACACACUCUUCAGCACCCAGCCUGCCAUGACCGUCAACCUGAAAGCCUGCGUGUCCAGCUCGCCUGUCUCAGGGGAGAAGCUGAUCCGGGGGGCUUCCUCGCCGUCUCGGGGCUCCCCUGGGAGACGGCUGGUGGUCCGGCAGGUCAGAGUGACCAAUGUGCGAAGAGUAACCCAGGCCAGCGGUGCCGAACUUUGCUGCUGCCUGGACCUGCACCCGCCGGCCCUGGAGAAGAGGACGCGCUACCUGCCAUACCCCUCCAGCCUCUUGGCAGGACUGGACUGGACCGAGGACGUCACACUGGACCUGGGCCCCGAAAGUAAGGAGCUGAGAGUCCGGCUGGUGGAGCGCAGCGGCAAAGGGGAACAGUUUCUGCCUGGCCACGCCUCCUUAUCGCUGGACCCGUCCCAGAGGAAUCUCAUUGGUCGACACACGCUGUCAGUCGGCUCUGAACGCGGGCUGUUGCCCACUGGCGCCGUCUCCUUCGAGCUGCUGUUCCGGGAGCAGGCUGACUCCCGGGGUGGUGCCCUCUCCACGCCGCUGCGGCCCUCAGUGACCCCCACCAAAAAGGUGGAGAUGGAUCGCACCGUCAUGCCCGACGGCACCAUUGUCACCACGGUGACCACCAUUCAGUCUCGACCAAAGCUGGACCGCAAGCUGGGGGAGUCUCCAUCUCGCUCCCCCUCCAAGGUGGAAGUGACAGAGAAAAAGCCCACCAUCCUGUCAGAAGAUUACCAGGGCACCGUCAGCCCCACCACUAGUACCGACAGUCACCUCUCCAACGGCCUGGACCCCGUGGCUGAAACGGCCAUUCGGCAGCUGACGGAGUCCGCCGGCAAGGCAGUGAAGAAGACGCCCACCAAGAGGAGCACGCUCAUCAUAUCUGGCGUGUCAAAGGUCCCCAUCGGGGAGGAUGAGCCGGCCCUGUCUGUGGGCUACGCAGCAGCCAUGGAUGCUGCCCUGCAGGGGGAGCACUCUCCGGGCCCUGUGAACCAUCACCAGAAUGCUGGCACCCACGGCCACGUGCAGCAGGACACAGACGAGACCACGCCCUCAGAUGUGUCCGAGCGGCCCUCCGUAGACGACGUGGAGUCCGAGACUGGCUCCACAGGGGCUCUGGAGACCCGCAGCCUGAAAGACCACAAAGUGGGCUUCCUGCGCAGUGGCACCAAGCUCCUGUUCCGGAGGCGGCAUCGGCAGAAGGACCCCGGCCUCAGCCAGUCGCACGAGGACGUCUCCAACCUGGGCAAUGGCAGCACACUGCGCAAGAAGUCAGGCAGCUUCUCCCGGCGUCUCAUCAAGCGCUUCUCCUUCCGGUCCAAGUCAAAGGGCAAAGCCAGUGCCAACGGGGAUGCGAGCACCUCAGAAAACUGAAGAGUCCUUACCGUAAGA